CCUUUUGGCUACGGCCAAUACUUUCUCAAGUUUUGAGAAAGAAGCAAUAGAAAAUGAAGGAUCAACAAAGGAAGAAACAAAGGGUAGUGGAAAGAAAUAAUCAAGAUUAUAUUAGUAAACUACCCUAUAGUUUAUUGUGCAAUAUUUUAUCAUCUCUUAAGAUCAAUGAAGCUGUCAAAACUAGUGUUCUAUCUUCCAAUUGGAGAUAUAUUUUUACCAAUCCAACCAACCUUAUUUUUGAUGCACAAAACAUGCUAGUGAAAGAUUACCCAUUUCCCAAUAUAUGUCACCUAAGCAAAGUUUUAAUGUUUAAUAUCAAAAUGAAGAGAGCUUCUACUUUUGUAAGUAAUGUGAACAAGUAUUUGUCAAAUGUUAAAAAUGUCCAAAAAAUUGACAAGUUAAAAGUUUGUUUCACUUUUCGCAAUAAAGGGUAUGGUUGCAACGAUCUCGAAGAGUGGAUCCGGUUUGCGGUUGAACGAAAUGUAGAAGAGAUUGAUCUUUGUUUGUUGGAAGAUAAUCAUCUUAGUGCUCCUAAUCCUAAUGAUGGUUCCUUCUAUGUUUUCCCUUGCGAUACUUUUGACUUCAAUUCAACUUUGAAGUGUUUGCGCUUGGCGCAUUGUGUACUUGCUCCACUAAAUUCAUGUAACUAUGGUUUUAGCACGCUCGCAACAUUGGAACUUUUCAAAGUUGAUUUGAAAUCUGAGGAGCAUAUCCGGAUUUUGUUGUCUAGCUGCGACAACCUUGAGUCUUUGAGCUUUUCCGAAUGUUAUAAUAUGGAUUACUUGAAACUUGAGCACUCUUUUUGCAAGAAGUUGAAGUAUUUGAAAGUGAACCUUUGUCGCCAAUUGAAGGGAAUUAUGCUGAAAAGCAACAUUUUGGAGACCUUGGAAUAUGUUGGAAGCAAAGUUGCAUUCUUUUUUGAUGCCCCAAACCUUAAAAGUUUCUUUGGUUAUGUGAGCGAAAAUUGGCUAGUUUGCAAACUUUCUACCGAUCUUCCUCAGCUCGAAAAUUUGCUCCUUGAAUGCUGCUGCAUGGGUGAUGUUAUGACAAAAAGAUUUCCCACAUUUGAAAAUUUGAGGCAUCUAGAAAUUAUAAAAGUGGGCAUAUUUAGACAGGAUCUCUCAUGGAUACCAGUUGCUCUCAAUGCUUGUCCCACUAUCACAAAACUUAAGCUUCAUCUUAGGACAUAUUUUAACAUUGAUGAAGAGUUAACUGCGUAUUGGCCUCCUAGAUGCUUACAUAAACAUUUGAAGGAAAUAACAAUAACUGGAAUUAGAGGUCACUCAAGUGAAAUUGCAAUUGCAAUUUAUCUUCUAAGGAAUGCAAUUUCACUUGAGAAGAUGAUAGUUGACCCGCAUCCAAGAAUUUACCUUGGGAAUGGUAAAUGUGUUCAUUCAGAAGUGUGUGAGAAUUGGAGCAGAAUUGAGAAGCACAAAGUUGAAUUUUUUCUGAAGAAAGAAGUUGGUUCAUUAGUAGAAUUGUUAAUCUUGUAAACAAAAGGAGUCUUGUUUACCGAUUGUUAGUUGGUCUAGUGGUGAUUGACGCUGUACUUUGUAGGGAGUACUACGGUUCGAUCUCUCGCAACUGCGAUCAAAAGGAGGUUACAACCACUUGAUGCCAGAGCUGACCUCAGAACCAAAUUACGCGGUGAAGGGGCCUGAAUACUGGUGGUUAAAAAUAAAAUAAAAAGGAGUCUUGUAUUAGCUUAAUGAAGUAUGAUGUUGUGAGUCAAGGAUGAAUCUAGAGAGAAAGUAGAUGAAAAAUAAAUGAUGGAAAUGUGUAAGGUUAUAAUUUGGGAUUCACUAGUAUUAUAGUCUAAUGUGAAAUGUAAAAGGACACUUUAGGACCCCUGAGUUCAUUGAACUAAAGGGAGUUCCCCCAAACACUUCAAUGAAAUUAAAAAGGUUCUCUUGACAUGAAUUGAAUUUA